AUGAAGUGGGGGAUCGCAGGCUCGCUGCUUGCGCUCUUCGCACCAACAACAACAGCCUGGCCUUACGAGGCAUCUUUGGUCGAUUAUAACCUCAAUGUCAAUAAGACUGCGACUAGUCCUUUCGAAUACUCUCCACCACCAUGGCCGGGUCACAAGUAUACGGAGUCACCCAAGAACUGGCGAUUUCCGUUCUAUACGAUUAUGUUAGACCGUUGGGUCAAUGGGGACCCAGCCAAUGACAACAUUAACGGCACUGUUUUCGAGCAUGAUCUCAAUUCUAAUCAAAUGCGUCAUGGAGGUGAUGCAGUAGGCUUGGUUGACACACUGGAUUACCUACAAGGCAUGGGGAUCAAGGGUAUCUAUCUUGCGGGAACUAUCCUUAUGAACCAGCCUUGGGGUGCAGAUGGCUACUCGAUCUUGGACACGACGCUUCUCGACCAGCAUUAUGGCACUAUUCAAGUAUGGAGGGACACUAUCGACGAGAUCCACAAACGUGGGAUGUAUGUCAUAUUCGACAAUACGCUCGCAACCAUGGGAGAUUUGAUCGGCUUUGAAGGUUAUCUCAACGUGACGGCGCCAUUCACAGUCAAAGAAUAUAAGACUCUCUGGAAAUCGGACCGUCAAUAUGUCGACUUCCGUCCCGGAAAUACCUACAAUGAAACUUGUGACUACCCUGCCUUCUGGAACGAGACUGGUUAUCCAGUGGAUAGUUACGUCAACAAAGAGCUUGUGGGAUGCUACGACAGUGAUUUCGACCAAUAUGGAGAUCUUGAAGCCUUUGGUGUUUAUCCAGAUUGGCAGCGUGAAUUGACCAAGUUCGCUUCAGUCCAGGACCGUUUACGUGAGUGGCAUCCUAGUGUACGGGACAGGAUCAAACUUCAUUCCUGCAACAUCAUCAAAGCUCUGGACAUCGAUGGCUUUCGCUAUGAUAAAGCUAUUCAAUCGACUGUAGAUGCCUUGGCAGACAUCUCGCAUACCUACCGGGAAUGUGCUCGCAGUGUCGGAAAGGAGAAUUUCUUUAUCCCUGGUGAAAUUACUGGUGGAAACAAUUUGGGCUCAGUCUUCCUUGGUCGUGGUCGACAGCCCAACCAAUAUCCAGACUCUGCUAUGGAUGCGAUCAAGUUGACGAACAAGUCUGAUUCGAAAUAUUUCUUGCGCGGACCCGAAUUGGAAGCCAUUGACGGUGCUGCCUUCCACUAUUCCGUCUAUCGCACUCUUACGCGCUUCCUCGGCAUGAGCGGUAAUCUGGCUGCAGGCUAUGACCUUCCCCUGGAUUGGGUGGAUGCUUGGAACGUCAUGAUGCAAAGCAACGACUUGAUUAACGCAAACACGGGUAAAUUCGAUCCUAGGCAUAUGUACGGAGUCACAAAUCAGGAUGUUUUCCGCUGGCCUGCCAUCCAAUGGGGUGUUGAACGGAAUCUUCUGGGCAUCUUCAUUACAACACUGCAAAUGCCUGGCAUUCCUCUUCUACUCUGGGGGGAAGAGCAAGGCUCCUACAUAAUAGACGCGACCGCAGAUAACUAUGUUUAUGGCCGUCAAGCAAUGUCACCGGCCACUGCUUGGAAGACCCAUGGAUGCUCUGCUAUCGAUGAUACUCAGUACUAUGACUGGCCUGUUACCAAAGGUCGGGAUGGUUGUAAUGAUAUGACCGUGACCUACGACCACCGCGAUCCCACCCACCCUAUCCGGAACAUCAUUAAACACAUGUACCAAAUGAGACAACACUUUCCGGUUUUGAACGAUGGUUACUCACUACAGACCCUGUCCAAACAAACGAGGGAUAUCCUUUAUCCGGGCUCAUAUGGCACGAAGACGGAGACCGGCAUGUGGUCUAUUCUGAGAGAUAUCAUUUCAGAUGUUCAAGAUCUGGGAUCUGACCAGGCUAAUCAGUCAGUUUGGCUGGUGUACCAGAAUGACAACAAGACUGCUACAUACAACUUCGACUGCAAGAGCAAUGCCAGUGCGUUGAUCUCUCCGUUCGACUCAGGAACCACCGUCAAGAACCUGUUCUACCCAUUUGACGAACUCAAGCUGAAAGACAGCCCGAAGAAACUGCAUCUGAACGGCUCAAAAGAGUACAACGGAUGUCUUGAUAGCCUGACACUGAAAGCGUUCGACUACAGAGCAUACGUUCCCAAGGCUCGUUGGGUCGGCCCCGGACCAAUGAUCACCAAGUUCACACCUGGCCAUGAUGUCCCGCUUCUUUCUACCGUUGCGUAUGACGAGGCUGAAGACCUUGAUGUGAGCAUUGAGUUUUCUACCGAAAUGGACUGUGAUUCAGUUACCAAAGCCAUCACCUUCACGUCGCAAACAGAAUCUGGUAAAACGCCUUCCAUCGACAAAAACAGCGUCAACUGCAAGAGUAUCCCCGGUGCCAAUGAUACUGAUACACAAUAUAUCGGCCAACUUCCGAGCGCAUGGACCUGGUCUGCGAAGCUCAAUGACGUGUAUAACGGUGUCCACAAAUUGACUGUCAAGAAUGCCACCACUUCCGACAAGAAGGAUUCUACUGGAUCUGUGGACCACCUGUUGUUCCGUGUUGGUCAAAGUGACAACCCGAUAGUCUUCACCACUUCCAAUUACUCUACCAGCAUUCUGAACCAGUAUGAUAACGGCACACUCUAUGUUCACCACAGAGCUGCUGGAGCUAGCAAAUACCGGUACUCGACAAACUGGGGAACUACCUUCAGUGGAUGGUUCAACUAUACUGGGGGCAACGUUAGCAUUGAGGAGUUGCCUUGGUCCGGAACAGAAAAGCAAAAGUGGCAGGGCAAGCAUGUGCGAGUUGAAUACUGGAGUCAGUUGACUGGCAGUAGUGACUAUGUUCAAGAGGGCGAUUAUGACUGGAAUGGUCCUAGGCGGCGUUUCCCACACUUCUUCUUCGAUGGACCGUACAACCAGUACGGUUAUGAUGCUGGCUUGGAUAAUGUCGUGAAGCAAGACAGUGAAGGUUACUGGAACUUCAGGGUUGUGGCUGAAUACCCGGCACAAGGCCAAUUCAACGUCUGGGGCAUGGAUCCAGAUGGUAAACCCGAUGAGUCGUUUGUAUUCGGUGACGUGGAUGGCGAUGGAGUCUUGGAGCGCAUGCCCCCUUCGUCACUCAGCAAACUGUCUGUCAACAUCACCAAGAGACCUCCGUAUCCAUACCUCGUGUGGAACGUUCAUCUGGAUGAUGGAAACAUGAGACUCAAUCUUCAGCCGACUGGCUCUCGAAUCGCACAGCUAAUCAUCUACAUCCUGCUGUGGCUGGUUCCCAUCAUAACAGGUGCUGCGUGCGUUUAUGCCUUCAUGAAGUCGUUCUAUCAAGUCAAGUUUAACCAAGUCGGAGUGGUGGAGAAGAAGUCUUUCCUCGGGACAGUUUUUGGCAAGGGGACCAACAAAGACGGCCAAUCCACGAACGCCCUAGUACGUCUGGCUAAUAAGUCUGGCUUCCUACAAAGCACGUCAGCUUUUGGUGCGGCGGGGUCACGAAGAAGAACAACGCUUAUCGCAACCAUGGAGUAUGACAUCGAAGACUGGGCUAUCAAAAUCAAAAUUGGUGGCUUGGGUGUUAUGGCCCAGCUUAUGGGAAAGCAUCUCGGCCAGCAGAACCUCAUUUGGGUUGUCCCAUGUGUUGGCGGAGUGGACUAUCCAGUCGAUCAGCCCGCUGACCCGAUGAAAGUCAAGGUUCUUGGUAACGAAUAUGAGAUCAAGGUCCAAUACCACAUUGUGAAGAACAUCACUUAUGUUCUACUUGACGCUCCUGUUUUCCGCCAGCAAACGAAGGCUGAACCAUACCCUGCUCGCAUGGAUGACUUGGACAGCGCAAUUUACUACUCAGCAUGGAACCAGUGUAUCGCAGAAGCAAUCCGGCGGUUCCGGAUUGAUCUGUACCACAUCAAUGACUACCAUGGGUCCAUUGCACCGUUAUAUCUUCUGCCACAGACAAUUCCAGUUUGUCUAUCGCUUCACAAUGCUGAGUUCCAAGGGCUUUGGCCUAUGCGCACCCAGAAGGAGAGAGAUGAAGUCUGUUCAGUCUUCAAUCUGGACACAGACACGGCAAGACGCUAUGUUCAAUUCGGAGAAGUCUUCAAUAUGCUUCAUGCCGGAGCAAGCUACCUCCGUAUCCAUCAACAAGGAUUUGGAGCUGUUGGUGUCUCUAGGAAGUACGGCAAACGUUCAUACGCACGCUAUCCUAUCUUUUGGGGCCUGAAGAAGGUAGGCAAUUUGCCUAACCCUGAUCCAUCUGAUACUGCAGAAUGGAAUAAGGAAUUGCCGAAAGAAAGUGAGAUCCAGGUUGAUCCCGUAUACGAGGCUAGCAGAGCCGAGUUGAAGCGACAAGCGCAACAAUGGGCUGGCUUGGAGCAAAACCCCAAUGCAGAUCUUCUGGUGUUCGUGGGCCGUUGGUCCAUGCAAAAGGGUGUGGACCUUAUUGCUGAUGUGAUGCCUGCUAUUUUGGAGUCCCGUCCCAACGUCCAACUCAUUUGCGUUGGUCCAGUCAUUGACCUCUAUGGCAAAUUUGCUGCAUUGAAGUUGGACCAUAUGAUGAAACUCUACCCGGGGCGGGUCUUCUCGAAGCCAGAGUUCACAGCUCUACCACCAUAUAUCUUUUCUGGAGCCGAGUUUGCCUUGAUCCCUUCGCGUGAUGAACCCUUUGGGCUCGUGGCUGUUGAAUUUGGCCGGAAAGGUGCCCUGGGCAUUGGCGCACGUGUUGGUGGUCUUGGACAGAUGCCUGGCUGGUGGUACAACAUCGAGUCUACUACAACGUCUCACCUUCUGCACCAAUUCAAGCUUGCUAUUGCAAGCGCCUUGAACUCCAAGCCCCAAGUGCGGGCGAAGAUGCGGGCUCGGUCUGCCAAACAACGUUUCCCCGUGGCCCAAUGGGUUGAGGAUCUGGAAAUCCUUCAAUCUACUGCAAUGCGUAUCCAUAGUAAGGGACAAGCGAAAUCGAAUGUUCCGCCCCUGUCGUCUGGAUUCAAUACACCCAGCGGAAUGAUGACACCCACCAUUGCAUCCCCGGGAUACGUCACGCCUAGCGGAAUACAGACACCCCCAAUCGCGCAUUCCCGGGAAGGAAGUUACUCGAACGUCCGCCUAAGCACAUUGGGGCCACAGCAGCGGAAUACGAUUGUUUACAGCCGACCCCCGAGCCCUGGAUCAAAUGAAAAGCCCAAGUCGGGACUAAGCAAACAUUUGUCGCUUGGUGUGCGAGCUGGCCCUGGCCACCUGGUCCGUCGCGGUCGCCGCCGUAUGAGAAGCAGCACGGGCACUGAUGAAAUUGCGAACGCUUCCAACACCGAGGAGAGCAGCGAUGACGACAUCAUGCCCAGUCUUUUCGGAGAAGAUGAGUAUACGCUUACCCCUGAGCAAGCAGAAGAGGGGCGUCGGAUAGAAGCAGCACAUCAACUAGACCCCCAAAGACAGACUCCUACCAGAGACUUCUUUAGCAGAAGACACUCAAGCCAGAGCUCCCUCACACCUAGGUCUAUACUUUCUCCGUCUUCUCCUGGAAGCCCGGAGCCUGAGGAGGCGAUUGUGUCGCCUGCAAGAUUCUCCAACGAACCCGGAAACCGUCUCAGCAGCGCCUCUGUUCUAUCGGUCGACUCCGUCAUUGGUGAGAAGAAAGAUUACAAACUGCAAAAGGUCGAUCCCUUCUUCACAGACAGCACCGGUGAAUAUUACAGGGUUUUUGAUAAGAGAUUGGAGAACCUGAAUGGUCAUAAUUCCGAAUCGCAACUCUGCAUCGAGGAGUACUUGAAGGACAGCGAGAAGAAAUGGUUUGGAAAAUUCAGAGACGCAAGACUUGGCCGCAACCAGUCGCCUGCUUCUUCGAUCUUCCAUGGCAAAUUCGACAACAGCUCACCCAUGAACUCAGAUUCCAAUGUCGACAUGAACUCGCGCGAGAGUGGAAGUCAAGAGCGCCGAGAAAAGGACGAGUUCCUUCUUGGAAACGAUUAUGUUCCACCUACUGGACUGAGAAAAUGGAUGCAAAUCCGAAUCGGCGAUUGGCCCAUUUAUUCGCUCUUCCUUGGCCUUGGACAAAUUAUAGCUGCCAAUUCGUACCAAAUUACACUGUUGACAGGCGAAAAUGGUGAAACAGCGAAGAAACUCUAUGGCAUCGCAACGGUAUACCUGGUCGCUUCGAUUGUUUGGUGGUUUUUCUUCCGGUUCUUCAAGUCGGUGUUCGUAUUGUCACUUCCUUGGCUCCUAUACGGGUUGUCGUUCGUGGUCAUUGGAUUUGCACACUUUGAGAGCGAUGGCUUUACUCGCGGUUGGAUCCAAAACGUUGGCGCCGGCCUGUACGCUGCAGCUUCGGCCAGUGGAUCGUUGUUUUUCGCCCUCAACUUUGGUGACGAGAACGGAGUCCCUGUCAAGCAGUGGGUGUUCCGCGCGUGUCUCAUCCAGGGAAGUCAACAGGCCUACGUGAUUGGGUUAUGGUAUUGGGGCACAAGCAUUUCCCUUGCAGUUGAAAACGGAGUCACCAAUGUUCAGGGCAACAUCACUAACACCUGGAGAAUGACGGCUAUCUGCAUGCCCAUUGCAGUCCUCCUCUGGGUCAUCGGUCUCUUGAUCUUCUUCGGUCUACCAAGCUACUACCACCAAGCACCGGGAAAGGUUCCUUCAUUCUACAAAUCGGUGUUCCGGCGCAAGAUCAUCCUCUGGAACUUUGUGGUCGUCAUCUUGCAGAACUUCUUCUUGAGUGCGCCUUACGGACGAAACUGGAGUUUCCUUUGGAGCUCGGCACACGCAAAGGGCUGGCAAGUCGGAAUCCUCUGCAUCGUGUUCUUCGGCUUCGUAUGGGCUGGAUGGCUAUUCCUAUUUGGAUACCUCUCCAAGCGCCAUAGUUGGAUCCUCCCAGUCUUCGCCUGUGGCUUGGGUGCCCCCCGAUGGGCCCAAAUCUGGUGGGGUGUAUCAGGCCUUGGGCUCUUCCUUCCUUGGGCGGGUAGCUACACCUCUGGUGCCCUUGUAUCCCGGAGCUUGUGGCUGUGGCUCGGAGUCUUGGACGCCCUGCAGGGCGUCGGGUUCGGUAUGAUCCUUCUUCAGACCCUGACCCGGAUGCAUAUUUGCUUCACGCUACUUGCAUCGCAAGUACUGGGUUCAAUUGCAACAAUCUGCGCAAGAGCAUUCGCACCGAACAAGAUCGGACCCGGGCCCAUCUCGCCAGAUAUCACAGCGGGACUAAGCGCCAUAGCGAACGCUUGGUUCUGGAUUGCGCUCUUCUUCCAGUUACUCAUUUGUGCCGGAUUCUUGAUGUUCUUCCGGAAAGAACAACUCACAAAGCCUUAA